AUGCUAGAAGGAUUGCCACGUGAAUACGACGUUAUCGUCGUUGGAACCGGAAUGGUAGAAAGCAUUCUCGGAGCUGCCUGCGCACGAAUUGGCAAAAGUGUACUUCAUAUCGAUGUAAACGAUUAUUACGGUUCGGAAUGGGCAUCAUUUUCAUUGGACGCUUUGAUGGAAUGGACACAGAAACAGGAAACUGCUGAGAUAAACAUCGAUCCACACGAUGAACAUGAGAAAAUCGUACCGAUUAGUAAUCCAAAAGAUGUUUGUCGUAAUGUGCAAUUGAAAUGGAAUAUUCCAGAAACGAAAGAGGAAACAGAGACAAUGGAGGAGAAUGCAUCAAAACCAAUGACACUGGAUGUUUUGAAAAAACAAUCACGAAAAUUCAAUAUUGACUUAACGCCGAAGUUGUACUAUGCGUCUGGUGGUCUGAUUGACCUACUCGUUCAAUCGAAUGUAGCGAAAUAUUGUGAAUUUAAGCUUGUUUCUCGUCUUCUAUUAGAACGCAAUGGUCAACUCGAGAAUGUUCCAAGUUCUCGUGCAGAUAUUUUUAAUUCCAAUGAUAUAAGUCUAAUUGACAAACGUCUAUUAAUGAAAGUGAUUAUGAAUUGUUCAUCCAUGUCCAUUGAUGACCUGAACGAAGAUCAAAAUCUUCCAUUCGUUGAGUAUUUGAAAAAACAAAAACUAAACGAUAAACUAUGUCAUUUAAUUCUCAAUUCAAUUUCCAUGGUCGAUUACACUGCUACGACAAAAGACGGUUUUAUCAAAGCAAAACGUUAUUUAGACUCAAUUGGUCGAUAUGGAAAUUCGCCAUUUCUUUUCCCAUUGUAUGGAAACGGUGAAAUGACUCAAGCGUUUUGUCGUCUAUGUGCUGUUUUCGGUGGUAUUCAAUUCUUACGUUUUCCACUAGCUGCUUUUACUCUGAAUUCGUCGACGAAUCAAUGUACUGGUAUUAUUGCAACGACAGGCGAACGAUUUCAUGCCAAGGAUGCAGUUAUCUGUAAUCAUGCAUAUAUGAAAUCCAUUUCUGAAAGUCAAAAUACCAUUCAUCGCAUUGUUUUAUUAACAAAUCAAUCGAUCAAAGCAAGUGAAAAGGAAGAAAUCACAUAUCUUCGUCUAAGCAGUCCAGAUGAAACGGGUAUCCAUGUGAUUGAAGUUGGUUAUGGACCAGGAUGUGCUCCAGAUGGCCUGUUCCUUCUGUAUCUUUUUCCAGAAAAGUCACAAACGCAUGCAGGUGAUAAUACCGAUAAAAUUAUCGAACGUUUAUUGAAACUGACUGGAGAUCAUUUCACCCGAACGAACAUUCUUGGACAAUUUACAUUCGAUCAAAUCGAAACAAUAAGUCUCCCACCGUCAUCUAUUGACAAACUUUUCCUUACUCACGGACCCGAUGGCACCAUUGAUCAUGACGCUGCUGUCAAUACAGCGCGCAAUCUUUUUCAUGAGAUAUAUUCGAAUGGUGAAGAGUUUUUGGCGCGUGCACCUGAUCCAGAGGAUAUCGUCAUUGAAGACCCAAGCAAUACAGACGAUACGUCUACAACUAAAACUGAGAACGAAACUUUGUGA